AUGUCUUCUGCUUGUAACUGCCCAAACAGACACGAGCCCAGAAAACACAAACAUCAUCAACCAACUCACCAGAAACACAAACAUCACCGACCACCUCGUCAGGAACCCACACCUCACCGACCACCUCGCCAGGAACCCACACCUCACCGACCACCUCGCCAGGAACCCACACCUCACCGACCACCCAGACCUCAGGAUGUGGAGGAAGGAGAAGUGGUUGAAAUUCCUACAACAGGGGAUGAACAUGUGGCUGAAGAAAGGCCUCGAUUCUCACAUUCCAGGGCCCAAAACAUCCUCCUCCAAAUCAAGGCAUGCAGUAGGGAGAUGUACGUCAUCAAUCAAAAAAUGGCCUUUAUUGAGGAAACAUUUAAGGACAUAAUUGAUGACUUGGGGGGAAACUAAGCACUUUUUCAAAC